UGGGAUAGAUCCCAUAGCUACAUAAACACCUUUAUUCUUCUUGGAUCAGAAUAAUUGAAUUAAAGCAUUCAGAGUACUCGAGCGAUGCUUCAGUCGCCCCUCGUUCCAAACAAUUGAGCGCCCAAUACCAAUAUUCUUGCUCCUCAAAUUUCUCAAAAUGGUACAACCAUCUACAUCGAUGAAUCCGAAAAGCAUCGGUCCGUCUCCUAGAAGCACGACAUCUUCUAUUGACAUCUCACCAUCCCCCUUCCAAGAGCCUCGAUCACGCACUCCGCGGCGAACAGUCAGCGGUUCCAUAAGGUCUUCUUCAUCAUGGCGAAGUUCAGAUUCCUUUUCACUGUCCUCCAUGGAUUUCGAAAUGACCGAGAUGUCCAGAUCCGCAAGUCAUAGGUCGCCCCUGAAGGAGUUGGAAUACAGGCAUGGCGGAAAUAGGAGCAGGGAGGCAAGCCUAAGCAGGCCAAUGCGCCAGGGGCCAGAUCAGGGGUCGACAAGGAGGCAUAGACAUCAGCCAAAGAUGAACCUUUAUACUGAAUGCGGGAGACACUCGGAUGAAUGGUUAUUUGGAGGGUUUUCGGUGAGCGACGCUGUAAGAAAGAUUUGGGAAAGAAAGGAAUAGACUGAUAAUUGGGACGGGAU